AGUCAAGACAAGACGAAGACAGUUGUAACACGCUUGUUUUGAAAGUUUGCGUUGUGGUUGCGUUUUGUUGUCUUGUUUCCAUUUGUGCGGUUGUUUUUAUAGUAUUUCGAACAAGCCUUCAUUCGUACGGCUGUGUUUCUAAUAUUUUAAUAUGUUGCGAACGUCGUCUUUGUGUUUUUAGGGUCGCAUGUGAGUGCGUGACAGCGUCCGGACUCAGUUGAAACAUGGCCCUCACCCGCAAGGAAGCCGAAGAGCUGCGGCCAUGGGUCGACCGGACAGUGCACAAGUUUCUCGGCUUCGAGGAACCGACGCUGGUAACGGCUGCCGUGAGCUGCCUGUCAAGUGGCUUUGACAAGGCAGAGACAGCAAGAAAACUGUCGUCGCUGCUGGAUGACGCCAAGGCGGCGUCACUGGCAGAGCAAUUGUUGACUGGUGCCCAGGAGCAGAUUCGCACGAAGCAACAGCGUCAGUUACAGGCUGAGGAGGACGGCCCGCGCAAGUCGCGCUUCUCCGAAAUGUCGCCGUCGAUGCUGAGUCAGCCGAGUCCCGGCCAGCUGACCACCCUGCAAAUCCGUGAGAUGAUGGCCAAUGCGCAGCGCAUGAUUGAAGAGCGCAAGAAGGCCCUCGGCGGCAGCGUGCCACCGGCUGUGGUGCCUGUGGCCGCAGCCGUUGCGGACAGCCGCAACCGCAUCGCUGAGCUCACUGCCCAGAUCCAGGCCAAGCUGGGCAGUCGGCCCGGCUUUCUUCAGCAGCCUGCCGCAACCCCAGCCACCGCUGCCACCCGGCCAACACCUCUCAUUCUCAAUGCCGAGGGCCGCACGGUGGACUCAACAGGAAGAGAAAUUCAGCUGGCCCACCACACACCUACGCUCAAGGCGAACAUCCGAGCCCAGAAGCGGGAGCAGUUCAAGAUUCACCAGGAGAAGGUUAGCGAGGAUGUGUCGGAGCAGAACUUCUUUGACCUACGGGUCGGGGCGAAGCCAGUACAGCGCGGCCGCCGGGCCUUCCGCUUCCACGAGAAGGGCAAGUACGAACAGCUAGCCCAACGAUUGCGCACCCGGGCGAAGCUCGAGCGCCUGCAGCAGGAAAUUGCCCAGGCAGCAAAAAAGACGGGCAUCUCGUCGGCCACCAAGAUUGCACUCAUGGUGCCCGCUGCACGUCAGGCCAAGGAGGGCAAGGACGAGGUACCCGACGUUGAGUGGUGGGACACGUUCAUCAUCAAGGGCGAGAGCUACGACAGUGUGAUCGAUGCUGUGGUGUCUGGCGGAGAGCCGCUUGAAAACCUACUCGAGGGCGUCACCAAUCUAGUGGAACACCCGAUCCAGAUGAAGGCGCCCACCCUGCCGCCCCGGGGCCCACCUCCGCUACCCGUCUUCCUGACGCAGAAGGAGCGCAAGAAGCUGCGACGGCAGAACCGUCGUGAGGCCUGGAAGGAGAAGCAGGAGAAGAUCCGUCUGGGGUUGGAGCCCCCACCUGAGCCGAAAGUGCGCAUGUCCAACCUGAUGAGAGUUCUGGGCAGCCAACAGGUGCAAGACCCAACAAAAGUCGAGGCGCACGUGCGUGAGCAGAUGGCCAAACGGCAAAAGGCCCAUGAAGAGGCGAACGCGUCACGGAAACUGACCACCGAACAGCGGCGGGAGAAAAAACUGCGCAAGCUCAAGGAGGACACGACUCGGGGCGUACAUGUGUCUGUCUACCGGGUGCUAAGCCUGAUGAAUCCUGCGAAGAAGUUCAAGGUGGAAAUGAAUGCCAAGCAGUUGUUCCUGACAGGCUGCGUGGUCCUGUACCGCAACGUAAACAUUGUGGUGGUCGAGGGGGGCCCUCGGCAACAAAGCAAGUACCGUCGCCUAAUGCUCAGCCGUAUCAAGUGGUCUGAAGACACCAUACAAGGAGAAGGUGAAAAAACAGAGAGGAACCAGUGCCAACUUGUCUGGGAGGGCACAGUCAAGUCACGGAGCUUUGGCGAGCUCAAGUUCAAGGUGUGCCCAACAGAGUCACUGGCCAGGGAGCACUUCCGCAAGCACGGUGUGGAGCACUACUGGGACCUUGCUUACAGCAGCACACUACUGGAGUUAGCAGACGCCUAGCACUGGUCGCCACCACUCCGCACGUACAGGUCGAACAGCUGUGGCAGUUCGGACAGGGGCCGUGUCCCACUCCAAGCCAAGAACUGGCGUCGCAGCCUGUGCAGUUGGCCAGCAGGUGGCAGGGUGUGCAGGUGGCAAGUCAAGGACAAUAAAAACAGAGAGAAGUUCCACUUCCAUCAUGAAAUUACAA